AUGAAAGGAUGUUCUAUUUUCAGAUCUGGGCAUUUUUUGUUUCUGCUUUGUCUUUUUGCUGUGGAAGGCAAAAAGUCACCUACAGGAAAACAUACCUGCCGAAAAGGACUCCUCUCCCAGGUGACAGAGAACCUGUAUAUCAAGGCAACUAGUUUAAAAUCAUCUGUUCCUAAGGAUCUCAUCAAGACCACGAGACUGCUUAAAAAGACUACAAAAAUGCUGUUUAUGACAAACUGCAGUGUUCGAGAUCAGCUCCUCUCCUUCUAUAUGAAAAAUGUCUUCAGUCGUCUUGAGGUAGGAAGUGACAAGUUGUACUUUAUUACUGCCUUCCAGGUCCUGCAAGCAAACAUGGAUGCCUGUCUUCCGUGUGCUCCAUCCACAAGGUUAACUUCUCCAGUCAGAAAGUUAAAGAGAAUGUUUCUUAAGGUAAGAACAGGAGUUGCUGGCUCCCCACUGCGUUUUCAAGGGCUGUAG